AUGAAUACUUCUGUGACUAAUGAUCCCCAGGGUCUGUUAUCAUUCAGGGAUGUGGCUGUUGUCAUCUCCCAGGAAGAAUGGGAAUGUCUAGACUGUGCUCAGAGGACUUUGUACAUGGAUGUGAUGCUGGAGAAUUACAACAAUCUACUCUUUGUGGAGAACCAUAGCAUAUGUGGUAAAUAUGAGAAGUUCUUGCAUCAAGUCACAAAGCAUUUCAUCCAUAAUCAUGAAAAUUACAAAGAGAAGUCUUAUAAAUGUAAUGAGCUUGGCAAAGUGAUUCAUGAAUCCAGCCAAUGUAGACCUUGGGACACAAGUGAUACUACAGAAAAUAACAAGUACAAAGUUGGUAACCACAGAGAUGCCUCUGUUGAAGCCUUAAACCUCAACAGACACAAAAGUGGGAAUGCUAGAGAAGAACCUUGCAAAUAUACAGACUGUGUAAACUGUUUAAAUUUGUGUUCCAGCAUUAGCCAAAAUCAAAGAAAUCACACAGGAAAGGAAGAACACAAAAAUAUGAAGUAUGAUACAUCUUUUUACUCUAAUACAGAAAUCAUACUGAAACAAACUGAUAGUGGGAAGAAACCUUACAAAUGUAGUGAAUAUGAAAAAUCCUUCCCCCAGAAAGAUAAUAUUAGAAUACACCAGAGAUUUGAUACAGGAGAGAAACCUUACAAAUAUAGUGAAAGUGAGAAAUCCUUUGCUACAAAAGACCAUCUUGAAUUACUUCAGAGAACCCACACAGGAGAAAAACCUUACAAAUGUAGUAAAUGUGACAAAUGCUUUACCACAAAAGACCAUCUUAGAACUCGUCAGAUGAUCUACACAGGAGAGAAUCCUUACAAAUGUAGUGAAUGUCAUAAAUCGGUUAACAGAGAAGGCAAUCUUAGAACUCAUCAGAGACUUCAUACAGGAGAGAAACGUUACAAAUGUGGUGAAUGUGACAAAUCCUUUUUGAGUGGCUCUGGUCUUAGAAAACAUCUCAAAACUCAUACAGGUGAGAUGCCUUACAAAUGUGAAUGUGACAAAUCCUUUACCCAGAAAGGCAGUCUUAAAAUGCUUCAGAGAAUUCAUACAGGAGAGAAAACUUACAAAUGUAAUGAAUGCAAGAAAUCCUUUACCCAGAAGUCGUAUCUUAAAAUUCAUCAGAGAAUUCAUACAGGAGAGAAACCUUACAAAUGUAGUGAAUGUAACAAGUCAUUUACCCGGAAAGGCAGUCUUAAAAUUCAUCAGAGAAUUCAUACAGGAGAGAAACCUUACAAAUGUAGUGAAUGUGACAAGUCAUUUACCCAGAAAGGCAGUCUUAAAAUGCAUCAGAGAAUUCAUACAGGAGAGAAACCUUACAAAUGUAGUGAAUGUGACAAAUCCUUUACUCAGAAAGGCAAUCUUAAAAUGCAUCAGAGAAUUCAUACAGGAGAGAAACCUUACAAAUGUAGUGAAUGUGACAAAUCCUUUACUCAGAAAGGCAGUCUUAAAAUACAUCAGAGAAUUCAUACAGGAGAGAAACCUUACAAAUGCAGUGAAUGUGACAAAUCCUUUACCCAGAAAGGCAGUCUUAAAAUGCAUCAGAGAAUUCAUACAGGAGAGAAACCUUACAAAUGUAGUAAACGUAACAAAUCCUUUUCGUCAUGUUUUCACCCCAACCUGAGAUCAUAUCAAAGUAUUCAUACAGGAGAGAAAACUGACAAAUGUAAUGUAUGA